AUGGGCCAGCCACAAGCCCUCCUUGCGGCGAGCACGGUGUGGCUCUCUGGCUGGUCCCUGGGCCUCUUUGCAGCGGCGUUGUGGGAGGGCAUCUGCGCGCACAGCGCCUACGACCUGCGGCGCUCAACGCCGGACUGCCUCCGCCAUAAGGGGAGCGAGGUGUGUGCAGAGUUUUCUGUCGCGUGGUGCGCGGCGCCAGCGAGCAUCCUGAGCCUCUCACCGCGCUGGCUCGGCGACGCGGCCGGCAUGGGAGGCCCGCUGCUCACCUGGCUGCCGCUCCUGCUCGGCUCCUCCUCCGGGGGCGGCGGCGGCCGCAGCGAGGGAGAGGUGCGUGAGGCGCUGCGCCUGGCGCUGACGUGGUACCUCGCGCUGAUUGGGCCGGUGCGGCACGCACACCGGCUGAUGCCCGCCCGGUGGGACCCGUCGGGCCACAUCUUUGUCUACGGCGCCCAACUCGCGCCGUACGCGCACGCGCCUCUAGCGCACCUCUCCCUUCCGGUGAGAGGAUGGCUGGCCGGCUGGGCGGCGGUGCUCCUCUACCUCUCUGUCCAGACGGCGGCCUUCUUCCACACCCCUGGCGAGACCGCCGCGGGCUUCGCCCUCGCUCCAAACCGCCCGCCCCCGUGA